CUUCUUCUCUCUCUUACCAAUAUCGUGGUCACAUUGUAGCAGCACUGGGCCCCACCCUCCCAUGUGCCCUUCCCCUCUGUCUCCACCGGCUCCUGCCGCUCGCUCAAUCAUUACUCCCUUCACCUCCCACCCCAAACCUCUACCCCCCUCCCUACCUCUCUUAACUCCGUUACUCUAUCCUCUCGCCUUUUCUCGUUAUUCCAGGCUUAUUCUAAGCUUGUUCCACUGCGAUGACGACGCCCGACAGGGUUACUAACGGCGGGCAGGCCUCGGGCGGGGCCGCGCAGCAGCAAGUGAUGGCGGCGGGCGCAAACGGCACGGCGCUGGCCGUCAAGAAGCCGCCGGCGAAGGACCGGCACAGCAAGGUGGACGGGCGUGGGCGGCGGAUCCGGAUGCCGAUCGUCUGCGCCGCCCGCGUUUUCCAGCUGACCCGCGAGCUCGGCCACAAGUCCGAUGGCCAGACCAUCGAGUGGCUCCUCCGCCAGGCCGAAUCCUCCAUCAUCGCCGCCACCGGCACUGGCACCAUCCCCGCCUCCUUCUCCUCCUCAUCCACCUCCCGCUCCGCUGCCACCCACUCCCUCUCCUCCCCCUCCUCCUCUUCCUCCUCCGCCGCCGCCGACCACAAGAACCCCCACCAUCUGCUCCCCCCGGCCGUCCCCCAUCCCUUUAUCCUCGGCAAGCGCCUCCGAUCCGAUGACGACUCGUCCGCCGACAAGGACGACUCCGCCGCCGCUGCCGCCGGCGGCGCUAGCGGCCAUCUCAUCGGACCGGCUGGGGGCUUCUGGGCGGUGCCAGCCAGGCCAGACUUCGGGCAGCUGUGGAGCUUCGCGGCUCCGGAGAUCGUCAUGCCGCCGGCGGCGGCGGCCAUCACCGGACGGUUCGCCGCCGCCCAGCCGGUCGGGGAGGCCUCGGCCGCUAGGGUGGGGAACUACCUGCCUAUCGCCCAGGGGCACCUCAACCUUCUCGCCUCCUUGUCGGGGGCGCCGACGACUGCGGCCGCCGCGGGGAGGAGAGAGGACGAGUCUCGCUGAUCCUUUCCGGUUCUUAGGCUUAGGGUUAGGGUUUUAGGAUUCUUAUUGUUGUUAGGUCUAAGAUUGGGUGAAGCAAACGUCGGCGUUUGUGGAAUCGAAUGAAUUAAUUCGCCCUGUGUCUUUCUUUUUCUUCUUUGUUUGUGAGGCUGGUUCAAGGAGGAGUGGAGAAUUCGGGUUUGUGAAACGGCUUGGGUUCCCUGAGCUGCUCAGCAAGUUAACACGAAUGGUUAGAGAAAGAAAAAUCCUGGAAUCAGAAUGAUCACUACCAUACUCAAUGGAAAGAUUGGAGCUUCACUAUGUCCUGUUCUGCCGAGGAGAAUGUAGGAUACCAAAGGCUUCAUCAAUCCUCUCUUCUUCCUACAAGCCACCCAGUGUGCUCAAGAAAGGCUUCUGUGGAAAUUUAUGUUUCCGGGGAAUAUAUGGGAUUACAAGGUUAAGAAGUAGUAUUGGAGUUCGGUUUGAUUGAAUUACUGGCAACAGGAAUUCUAUAAGUUGGUUAAUUUAUUAUCUCGGUGUCUGCGGAGGAGAAUUUGGAUUAAUAAGUGAUCUGAGGUGCUUUUAAUGAAGAGGGCUUGGGAACCCAGUGAUUUGUGACUGAGGCUUGGGGUAUCUUCCUCCAUUCUCUCCAUUUAUCUCUACGUCAAGUGUGAAAAUGGCUGCAGAAAAACUUCUGUUGUAAGCCCGUAAGUUCUGUUAAUUUAACUUCCAUCUGUAUUUUAGUCAUUUUUCCUGGAUUUAUUAGUAAGGAAAUAAUGAGUGAUUAUAUGUAUUUAUGGAUUGUUUGGAGUGUAUGAUGCAAAUAAAAAUGUACCUCUUCUUGCUGCCGCCUA